CGGGGAGGUCAGAGGUUACAUUGUUAUGUAGCCACCUAGCUAGCAAGAGGGCUGUUGAUGUUGUUUGUUUUAACACUUCGACACCAUAAUUUAUCACUCGUAUACGCGCAUACAUCUUUAUCGGUUGUGUUUUUAUUGAAUACAAUUUUAUGGACAAUGCUGUGUUCCCAGGAAGUUGCCGUUAGCCGCGACGAACUUAUGAGAUAGCUAGGUUGCUAGCUCUUAAAGGGACAAGCGUCUUCCAUGUUGUAGUGUCAUGUCUCAAAAUUGACCUUGUUGUCAUCUUAAGAACUGCUUAGAGUCGCAUCGCUAGUGAUGGCAUCAACUAGACUGCUUUGCUUAUUCAGGGUUAGGACCGCAACUUCGACCCGAGCUGGUGCCGGAGCCUGGUGCCUCCGAAGACAUGUCAGCUCCUCACCUUGGCGUCUGCAGAGCACCAUGUCUGCCUGGGUCAUCGAUCAGUUUGGCACUAACGAAGUUCUCAGAUACUCAGAAGACACCCCCGUCCCCACGAUCACCUCCUCCAGUCAAGUAAUGAUCAGAGUCCACGCUGCCAGUCUCAACCCUCUGGAUGUGUCUAUGAGAGGAGGGUAUGGAGCAAAGCUGCUCAAGCUACGAAAGAACCCAUUAUCUAUGAUGGACAAUGACGGUGAAUUUCCUCUGAUCCUGGGUCGGGAUGUGUCUGGUGUGGUGGUGGACUGUGGAUCUGAGGUUGCCCAUUUUACACCAGGAGAUGAGGUUUGGGCUGCUGUACCCCCAUGGAAACAAGGCAGUCUGGCAGAAUAUGUCAAUCUCACAGAGUUUGAGGUUUCGCAUAAGCCCAAAUGUGUGAGUCACGUGGAGGCGGCGUCCAUCCCUUAUGUUGCCAGCACUGUUUUGUCUGCACUUGUUAAUGCAGGUGGUCUUUGCAGAGACAGCUCCUCUAAUAAAAGAGUUUUGAUUACUGGCGCAUCAGGAGGUGUUGGUACAUUUGCUAUUCAGUUGGCAAAGGCCUGGGGUGCCCAUGUUACAGUCACUUGCUCUCACAACGCAGAGGGUCUCGUUCGAGGACUGGGGGCCGAUGAGGUGGUGGACUACGCUGCAGAAGAUGCAGCAGACCAACUAGGAUUGAUGGAGAGAUUUGACGUUGUUUUGGACGGCGUGGGUGGAGAUACAGAGGAGUGGGCGGCGGGCCUGCUGAAGUCCUGGUCUGGGGCUAAAUACGUCACACUGGUAACCCCUUUACUCUUCAAAACGGAUUCCCUCGGCCUGCUGGAUGGGCUCAUUCACGCUGGAUCCAGCCUGCACACAAAGGCCAUACAGAAUCUAAUAUCAAAUGGCGUGUUCUACCGCUGGGGAUUCUACGCUCCAGAUGGGCCGGCCAUGGAUGAGGUCAGCAAGCUGGUGGAUGCCGGGAAGAUCUUACCAGUGGUGGAGGCCAUGUUUCCAUUCAGCCAGGUGCCCCAGGCUUUUCAGAAGUUGGAGCACGGCCACGCCAGAGGCAAGACAGUCAUUAGCAUUGCAGACGACCACGAGAUAGGAGAGGAGGAAAUGGUCCAGAACGGUUACCCUGAGCAAACGUCGCAAACACAGAACUAGUGACGAACUAGGGACGCCAAAGGGGUGAUGAUGCCGCACUGUUUGUCUAUACAAGGUGACUUUGGCCAGAGAGGUCCUGAUUCCGCCUACACAAGGUACCUGAAUUGUGAUGCUUAAAUGUUAUCUCAUGGACAAACAAGCAGUGAUGCAGCAAUUGUGUUGCACUUUCCAUGUGCAUACACUAGGGGGUAUAUUUACACUGUAUCCGGGAUUUGCUGUGAUAUAUUGUGGUCAAAAUAGUCCGUUUUUUUGCCUUAACUUUUCUUUUCAGAAAUUCUUAUUGCAGGGAACAUAAUUAGUCCAACAUUUUGUUUAUAUGCUCUAAAUUAUUCUUCAUUCGGUGCAUGUCAUUAUACUGUAGAAAGUGGUUAAUAUACAUAUGUUUGCACAAAUUAAAAGGCAUACAAUACAAUGCUAAGGGAUGUAGAUUUGUUUUAUUGCUGGAUACAAAGCAAAAUUACAUUUGAAUAAAAAUAUUUGAGGUGUUAACACUGUUUAAGUUAAUUACAAUGAGAAGACAAACAUAUAAAACCUUGAGCUCUAUUACUGGAAGCAUGAAGAAGGUUCUUUUUUUAAUUCAAGUUCAAGCCUCACUGCUUGUAUGUUGUUUUUUAAAACUUGUAAUACAUUCGUCGGAAUUCUUUCAGUGACUCCACAGAAAGGUAAAAAAAAAAAAACAGUUGCGGAAAAGGUGCAUGUUGUCCUUGAACUUUCGUGUGUCCUAGCAGCUGCACAUGUGAGACUCAUGCUAGCCUUUUUUUUAUAUAAUCUCCACAUCCCACAUCUGGUGUAGUUUAGUUGGAUCGAGGGUGUUGAGAAUCACUUGGUUUUUGUCGUAAUGAUGCCCCCCUGUAAAAGACAUAUUGGAUAUUAGCAAUGCUAUGUAUAGAUAUAUAGUGACGCAUACUAUACAACUAAAGGACACAGAAUAGAAUCCCAAUAGACAGUGUACUAGUAUUGUUUCGUCCACAAGGUGGCACUGUAGACAGUGAUGCACAAUGAUGAUAAUAUGCUGCAAUUAAAGUGAAUAUAUCUAGAAUGUUGUCUGAGUACAAGCUCACCUUUCACCUCCAAGACCAAAUUGGAGUUCGGCAUGUAGCGAAUGAAGCCCUCGGGUGUGAUGCUCCACACAUGGUUGUCCUGCUCGGGCGUGAGACCCAAGCGGCAUCCCGCGAUGGUCACGCUACCACUGGGGCUUAGACAGCACUCCUCCAGCAUCUGCAAAACAAAAAACAAAAGAAAACUAUGUUAUAUUUGAACACAUUUACAGUCCAAGUGUCCAAAACUUAUUCUAAAUAAAAGUACCUUGCAAUGAAGAUGGCCGCCGCGGUAGACCCAGACCUGCUCAAAACCAUCAGUCUCCUCGGCCUCCUGAAUCCGCAGCAGUUUGACCUCCUCCAGAUCGCCGGUCACCGUCAUCAUAAGCCGCGUCUGUCUGUUCCUUAAACGGAAGUGCACUUGCCUCUGCUCAGACAACACACAACACACACAAGUCCAUUUAUUAAGGAAAGAGGUUGUCAGGUGUCUUAUUAGUGGUAAGGUGUUUAUUCAUGGGAGUCUUUUAUUUGUACUAAUGCAAGUGCAUUUUUAGAAUAAUAUAUAUUACUCCCCGGGACUGCACAUUGGGGAGUGGUUAACGCGCAGGCUUCACAGCUAGGAGACCCGAGUUCGAUUCCACCUCCGGGCAUCUCUGUGUGGAGUUUGCAUGUUCUCCCUGUGCAUGCGUGGGUUUUCUCCGGGUACUCCGGUUUCCUCCCACAUUCCAAAAACAUGCUAGGUUAAUUGGCGACUCCAAAUUGUCCAUAG